GAGCAGGAUAGAAAUGGCUGCCAAGAAACAGAAAAAGAUAUCUCCAGAAGUCAACUAAUUUAGUAGGGAUUCACAAUACAAAGAAAAUGGCUGAAGAGCUGACUCAUGAUGAAAAUUUGACCCCGGAACAUCAAUUGCUGGGUGAUUUAUUGAAGGAUGCCGGAUCUCCAUCUAUGUGCAACUUGACGUCUCAAACUGAAGGCACAUCAACAUAUCAGUCUUGGUCACCAUUCCUUACCUCUACCCAAACUGGACAGUUUGAUUUUGGUCAAGGUACAGAGGCAUCAGCUUGGGCAAAUUUUCAGCUCCCCGAUGAGAGUCCUCUUAAUCUGCCUGGUGCACAAUCCAGCAGACUCGGCUCUUAUGAGGACUAUAUCGCAUCAUUAAGCCAGGCAGAUUCUAACUCUGAACAUGGCUCGGAAAGUGGUAACAACUUCUAUGGCUUUUACCCUAGCACAAUAGAUGGCUUGGCAUCUGGUAUGGAAGCUAGUGCUGCCAAUGGAAGGGAUUUGUAUGCGGAGGCUAUGCAGCAGUAUAACUGCUACAAUACUCAAUAUGAUCCGUUUGGGUCUUCGGCUGUACUUCAAGAUCUCACUGAUGCAACUACUAAAACUCAUAGCUCAGCUGCGAAACCUAAAACAUAUUCUGAUGUUGCCAAAAACGCAGCAACCAAGCAACCAAAGAUAGCCAGUGGUGGAGGUACUAAGAUACCUGAUGGGGGUAGCAAAGCUGGCACUGGGGCUCCACCAAUGAUGAGGCCUGCAGCAAUUCCCAGGCAUUUCAUUAAGCAGAAGAAACCACGUGGCUUUUUCUUUCCUAAAGCGAGACAUACAUCCAUGAGUGAAGAUCUACCAAUCCCUACUGUGAAACCUGAUUCUAAGUAUGGACUUGAUAGCUUCGAUGACUUCCCUGUUACUGGCCCUGCCAAAGAGAGAGCUAAACUGACUAAGACACAGUCGGCCGAGGAGCUACCCAUAAGUCGCAAAGGAAGCACUAGUAGUGUGAGUAGCAGCAGUGGGAUAGAAGAUAUCAUCACCCCAAUAGUUAAGCCAACAACCAGUCCUGGGGAGGGAAACCCACAACCCGUAUCACGGAAAUCCAAACAGAAAGAAUCGGCCAGCAAGUCCAAGCAGCAGCAGCAGCAGCCAAGUAAGGUUUUCUUUGACCCUAGACGUAUGUUCCCUGAUCAAAGUACGAGAGGGGGAUCUAGUAAUGGCAAAGAAGAAAAGCAUUCAAUCCCAAAUAACCAACACUCUAAGGCACCUGAAGAUGGCCAUAUGUUGAAUAAUGGUAAACUGAACAGCAACUUGAUGAAAUCCAAUGGAAAUGUAAAGAAGAACUCGCAGACAUACAUUAACAACGACCUCAGAAAUAAAACAGACAACAAGAAGCAGACCAACACAGAGAGCAGGGGGUCACCAUACAAUGAUAAGCCAGGAACUGGUAUGAAGACAACUCACACUACCACUGGGGAUGUACACAAUAAUAACGUACCAAAACCAGAGGCUGUCAAGAAGAAAAAGAAACAGAAAGGUCAUGAUUAUAUAGGUAUUUGUUGUGGCAAGACAAGAGAAUGGAGCAAGUGGCUGAUUGGUGAGAUUUGGAGCCUAUUGUGGAUGGUACUGCAGUUGCUGUUCACAUGUGUUUGCUUACUAUUUGUGGUGUUGAAGAGGGCAUGCAGUACAGUUGUAGCGUUUAUAUGUUCCAAAUUUAACACACAUUUUAAAUGGGGCAAGUCUAACGAGAACUAUUUUGACGCUUCGGGUCCGGGAAAAUAUCGUGGACAUCGUGGAUUAGAAGAAAAUAUAGUCCUACCUUCUACAGGAGAUGAAGCUAUGAAACGACUCUUAGCUUGUAAAGGAAAAGACCCUUAUAGUAUUCUUGGUGUUAAACUUGAUGCAACUGAUGAUGAAAUUAGGAAAUACUACCGUAAACAAGCUGUUCUAGUCCAUCCAGACAAGAACAAACAACCUGGUGCUGAAGAGGCUUUCAAGAUACUUGGACAUGCAUUUGAACUCAUUGGAGAACCGGAGAAGCGACGCUUGUACAAUUCUCAGGAGUUUGAGGCUGCAGAAGCAGAGGCUGCCAUGAAAGAAUUUGCUGAUCUUCUUACAAAACUACAGGAAAAGAUGCAAGAGGCUUCGAACCUGAUGCGUUGUGACCAUUGCGGAGGCAAGCAUAGGAGGUUCCCUGUAGAUAGACCCUGGUACAGUGCAAGAUUCUGUGAUAGAUGUAACGCUAGACAUUCUGCUAAAGAGGGAGAUCUCUGGGCUGAGAGUACUAUGUUAGGCUUUUACUGGCACUACUACGCCUGCAUGGAGGGUGGUGUCUAUGACAUCACAGAGUGGGCGUCAUGUCAAAGGGAAGGAUUCAAACACCUACAGGCCAAUGCUCAUCACGUCAUGUAUAGGAUAGCCACUAACGCUAGUCGACAUCACAACCAGGCACGAUCAGGUUUGAAGAAGCAAGGGGAAGAACUGGAAGACUUUAUCAACCAUUUGUUUCACAAUUCUCGGCCAACGGAAGGCGCUACCCAACAACCACCUGAUGCUCACGGUUACCCUGGCAACCAACAAACAACACAACCAUCUUGGAAUUCCUCUAGUAAAAAUAAGAAACGUGGUAAAAAGAAGCGACAUUAGUUUUGGCCUCUCAUUUUGACAAUUAACAUCAGGGUGGUGAACUAUAAGUUAUUGGACUAUUUCAUUGCAUGUAUUUCAUAAAGUUCUGGGAGAAGGUGCUUUUCACAUUUUCACAUUUUCAGCUUAAUCAUGCGAUGGCACACAUUUAUUUUAUUCAGAUGAUUAACACAACCACCUGGUAAUUUAAAGUCAUAUUCAAGUUGAAUGGGAAUGUAAAUUCAGUUUCACAUGUACUACGGUUUUCGGGACAUAGCCAGGUAUAUCCUUGGUGGGUUAAUAUUUUCAAAUUCUGGCUAUGGUCCUUAUUUGUAAAACCAGUUCACACAUCUUGAGUGAUGUGACCAUUGCUUUAACAUAUUAAUCAAUGCAAUAAUUCUAGCUCGUAGAUUAUAGUGUUUUAUGUUAGUUGUUUGAUACUUCAUUGUUGGAAACUGCUGAAUAAGUUCAGGGAGACACUGAAGAUGUAUGUUUAUUAAUGUUUUUUAUGUGAAAAAUCAAGGUGACUUUUGAUAAGCAUGAUUGUAUUCAAUAUGGUACAUUAUAGGGGAAAAGUAAGGUUUGCUGUGUUAACAUAGAACAGAAGAUCAUAUUGUACUGAAAAUCAAAGUUUUACAGAUGAAGGUUAAUGCCAAAUCUUGAUCAUUUUAAUUGUGUCUUUUAUACUUAGUAUUGACGACUAU